GACUCGGGUCUGCCGAUGGCGCCGCUUCGUUCCUGCAGCCAUUCCACAAGUGGCCGUCAUCCUCAGCGCUUCCGCGUUUCCGGUAGUCGUUUCGCUAUUGCGUUCAGAGUCAUUUGGUUGUCAUUUCAAAAUACCAGAAAAAUAAUUCCUAGUGGUGCGGAAAUAUUCAAAAAUUAGUAGUGCCAAGAAAAAGCCAGAGAGCGAAAAAGUUAUGGUGUUGAUAUAGACAGGGAUAAAAGUUAAGAUGCGCAUUUAAUAUAAAGAAGAAAUAAAUAAUAAAAAAGGAAUGUGAGCUUAAAACUGUGAGAGUGUUUUUAAAAAAAGUGUUUUUGAAUGUCUGAAUAAAAACCUGAUAGUAUUUGAGCACAAAUAAACUGAAAGCUUCAAUCUGGUGUAUUGGGAAGUCUCGCCGAAGAUGGAUGCCACGCAGCUGACGGAACUGAUGAGCAGUCAUGACUUCAUGCAAUUGCAGCACCAGUUGCACCACAACAACAACAACUACAACACGGACGGACACAAUGGACUAUCCUCGGAGUCGGCGGAGGGGAGUGCUCGACCCAUUCGACGCGCCACCAGACGCACCUCACAGUUAAGCAAUAACACCUAUGACCUGGAGAUGACGGACUCCAGUUCGCAGAGCGAUGACACGAGUGGCGGCGGAGGCAGCAGCAAUGGAGGAGGCAGUGCCACCAACACUGGUCAUCCCUCUGGCGGUUCGCUGGGCAAUCAGGGAUCCUCGACUCGCGGACGCGUUCAGCAGGCCAGCUCAGGUGGCGCCUCCUGCCCCUCGACCCUGGCCCCGAACAGCACCAACUCCUCCUCCGCCUCCAAUGCAAAUGCCAACGCCAAUCGGCGGCGCAAGGGAGCUCUGAACGCCAAGGAGCGGAAUAUGCGACGCCUGGAGUCCAAUGAGCGCGAGAGGAUGCGAAUGCACAGCCUCAACGAUGCCUUCCAAUCGCUGCGAGAAGUCAUCCCACACGUGGAGAUGGAACGGCGGCUGUCCAAGAUCGAGACGCUGACGCUGGCCAAGAACUACAUCAUCAAUCUGACCCACAUAAUACUCUCCAAGCGCAACGAGGAGGCGGCGGCCUUGGAGCUCAACUCGGGCGCCGUUGGCGGGGUGCUGCUCUCCAAUCUGACGGCGGAAAACGGGGCUGGGUCAGCAAAUAACACCAGUGCCGCCACGCUCUGCUUCGAGGACGCACUGGCCAACGGAGGAGCCUUCGACUGCGCCCUCCUGGCGGCCACCGACACCAGCAGCCUGCUCAACGCCGCCGCAGUGACCGCCAGUCCAGCGAUGCAGAGCCUCCAGCCGCAGUCCAUCCACAUGCAGACGCCGCUGGAGCAGCAGCAGCAGCAGCAACAGCAGCAAUCCAGCCACCUCCCCCACCACCAGCAGGCGAUGCAUGGCCAUGGCCACCUGGGGGCCACCAUGAUGCAGCCGCAGCAGCAGCAGCCCACGCUUAUACUCAAUGGCAACUCACCAGUGGGCGUGGGCGUUAACAUAGGGGUUGGCGUGGGAGUGGGCGUAGGGGUUGGAGUGGGAGUGGGUGUAGGGAACAAUACCUCGAGCUUCGCAGAUAUCAACGACAACUUCGACGAGCCGUUCCGAGAGUUCCUCUAA